GCUGAUAGUGCUGCAUGACAGGCACAGGGUAUAUGGAGUCUGUCUGUGGAGGGGUCUGAUCCUGCUGAGACCCCCUGCAAAGCCCUACCCAUCAGUGGGGAACGGGGACUCCUCCGUGAGGGCAGGGCAGGGAAAUGCCAUGGGGUACAAGCCGGUACAAGAUUUUGGGGCACUGCCCUGAGCCAGGGUGGGUUGUUUGUCCCCUGCCACCCACCAGGGGUUCUUGGCUUCCUCAGGCCCAUCAUGCCCAUCUCACCCCUGCCACCACUGAGCACCCCAUGGCACUGAGAAAACCCAUUGUUCCCUCAAAACAGGGUAAAGCAAGGGAUAGGGGACAUGGGACCCAUUUUCCCAGGAGAUGCAGACAUUGACCAGCUCUACCAUAUCACCAAAUGCCUGGGUAAUUUAAUUCCAAGACACCAAGAGUUAUCCUAUAAAAAUCCCCUCUUUGCUGGCAUGAGGUUGCCUGAAAUGAAGGAGGCCAAAUCUCUGGACAAACGCUAUCCUAAGUCCCCUGCUGCAGUGCUAGAUUUAGCCAAGAAGUGUUUGCAGAUUGACCCACACAAAAGACCAUCCUGUGCUGAACUCUUGGAGUGUGGUUUCUUCAACAAGGAUGGAUUUGCUGAAAGAUUCGCUCAGGACCUUAAAUUAAAGAUUCAGAAAGAUGCCAGAGACCAUCAGUUAAAAAAUAAAAUAAAAAAUAAAAAAUCAGCAAAAGGAACAAAGAUGAUGGCUUAGAAGAAAGAAAAAUCUUUGGUG